UGCGUGUGUGUGUGAGUGUGUGUGAGAGAGAGUGUGUGCGCUCUCAGUGAGGGAAGCAGAGCGGCUGACAGGGACAGCACCGUUCACCCUGUCCGCUCCAACUGAGCACAUCACAUUCAAUUAAAAAAAAUAAAAUCACGCCGUUUCCAGUUCACAUAUAAAAUGUGAUCUGUCAUCUUUUGUUCUUAUUAAAUUCGGCGCAAAAGCAUCAGUAAGUUGGCAUUAGAUAGAGAGAGAGAUUGGAGAGCGAUUUGUCGACGCUGGUCCCUGGAUGGAUGGAUGGAUGGAAGGAAGGCGGUGAUCUUGGAGGCGCUCUGGACUGAGUGAAGAGUGAAGACCGCCGUUCGUUUUUUUGGGGGGGUCUGUGAACGCUUCGUUUUAUUGCAGAACAGCAGCAAUACAAACAUGACCAAAAGCUAAAAUAAAAUGCCUGCGUGGCUCAUGUUUGCUGUUUAUUUCGAAUAUUUUGAAAAGCCCUUGUGAAAAAAAUAAAUAAAUAAAUAAAAUUAAGUCAAUGCGGAUUUAAAUGUGUCGCGCAGAAGGACGCCGAUCUCCUGUUUCUCUGCUGAUUUCACGCCAAGCGACAUUUCGGGUGAAAAGCUCAUCGGUCGUACGGAGGAGCAGUUGGGGAUAAAGAACGCCACUGUUGCGCAGAAGAGGGGCUGUUUGAAGCAAUAUGGCUGAUGGCAGGGGCCGGGGGCGCUGGCAGGAGCUCUCCAAAGCUACUCGAUGCUAGCUGGAGCAGAUCGCAACGUUUCCCGCGGCGGCGACGGCAGCUCUAGAAUGACUAAUAAUAACUACAACAAAAACUCGGACUCUUCUGUCUCCAUAGCCAGGAUGGACGUGAUCAUCCCGUUCUCCGCAGACGUGCCGUGCGAUAACAAUGGCCAGCGCAUGUGGUGGGCUUUCCUCGCCUCGUCCAUGGUGACGUUCUUUGGGGGUCUCUUUAUCAUCCUCCUGUGGAGGACCCUCAAGUACCUGUGGACUGUCUGCUGCCAUUGUAGCAUCAAAAACAAGGAGGCCCAGAAAGUUAAUAGUGGACAUGCAGAUGGGCCACUGAAGAGCCAGGAUGAGAAGGAAGACGCUCCAGCAAGUGAGGUGGGCUGGAUGACCUCGGUGAAAGACUGGGCCGGGGUCAUGAUUUCAGCACAGACUCUCACGGGCAGAGUACUGGUGGUGUUAGUCUUUGCUCUCAGUAUUGGAGCCCUUGGAAUAUACUUCAUAGACUCGUCUGACCCUAUAGAAUCCUGUCAGAAUUUCUAUAAAGACUUCACGUUACAGAUCGACAUGGCCUUCAAUGUAUUCUUCUUACUCUACUUUGGUCUGCGUUUUAUUGCAGCAAAUGAUAAGCUGUGGUUCUGGCUGGAGGUGAACUCUGUGGUGGAUUUCUUUACUGUGCCACCAGUGUUUGUGUCUGUGUAUCUUAACAGGAGCUGGCUGGGUCUGAGAUUUCUAAGGGCCUUGAGACUGAUUCAGUUCUCAGAAAUUUUACAGUUUUUGAAUAUCUUAAAAACAAGUAAUUCCAUCAAGCUGGUGAACCUGUGUUCCAUCUUCAUAAGCACAUGGCUCACAGCUGCAGGAUUCAUUCAUCUGGUGGAAAACUCAGGGGAUCCUUGGGAAGACUUCCAAAAUUCUCAACCUCUUUCAUAUUGGGAAUGUGUGUACUUACUCAUGGUCACAAUGUCCACGGUGGGAUACGGGGAUGUCUGUGCGAAAACCACUCUUGGCCGACUUUUCAUGGUCUUCUUCAUACUUGGCGGUUUGGCCAUGUUUGCCAGCUACGUCCCUGAAAUCAUAGAGUUAAUAGGAAACCGCAAGAAAUAUGGUGGUUCCUAUAGUGCGGUUAAUGGCAGAAAGCAUAUUGUGGUCUGUGGUCAUAUCACACUCGAAAGUGUAUCCAACUUCCUUAAAGACUUCCUACACAAGGACAGGGAUGAUGUCAAUGUAGAAAUUGUUUUUCUUCAUAAUAUUUCCCCUAAUCUUGAGCUGGAAGCCUUGUUCAAACGUCAUUUCACUCAGGUGGAAUUCUACCAAGGAUCUGUCCUUAACCCACAUGAUCUAGCUAGAGUCAAGAUUGAGUCAGCGGACGCAUGCUUAAUUCUCGCCAACAAAUACUGUGCAGACCCAGAUGCUGAAGAUGCAUCGAAUAUAAUGAGAGUAAUAUCCAUCAAGAAUUAUCAUCCAAAGAUAAGAAUAAUCACUCAAAUGUUGCAGUACCACAACAAGGCCCAUCUGCUAAACAUUCCCAGCUGGAAUUGGAAGGAGGGCGAUGAUGCGAUCUGCCUGGCUGAGCUGAAGGCAGGUUUCAUAGCCCAGAGCUGCCUGGCACAGGGCCUGUCCACCAUGCUUGCCAACCUCUUCUCCAUGAGGUCAUACAUCAAGAUUGAAGAGGACACAUGGCAGAAGUAUUAUCUGGAGGGAGUUUCCAAUGAGAUGUACACUGAGUACUUGUCCAGUGCCUUUGUGGGCCUUUCUUUUCCUACAGUUUGUGAACUGUGUUAUGUGAAGCUCAAAUUGUUGUUGAUUGCUAUUGAAUACAAGUCAGAGCAGAGGGAAAGCAGAAGCAGAAAGCGCAUUCUGAUCAACCCUGGGAACCAUGUAAAGAUGCAAGAGGGAACCUUGGGAUUCUUUAUUGCCAGUGAUGCCAAAGAGGUCAAAAGAGCAUAUUUUUACUGCAAAGCUUGUCAUGAUGACAUCACAGAUCCCAAAAGGAUCAAAAAGUGUGGCUGCAAGAAACUGAUAUAUUCCAAGAUGUCCGUCUACAAGCGAAUGAAACUGGCAUGUUGUUUUGAUUGCGGGCGCUCUGAGCGCGACUGCUCGUGCAUGGCAGGCAGUGUACAUAGUAACAUGGACAGCCUUCAGAGGGCCUUCCCACUUUCUUCUGUCUCUGUUCAUGAUUGCUCAACCAGUUUACGUGCCUCCAAAUAUAAGUAUAACGGAUAUGGUACGUCACCAGCAGAUGGCGCUACAACUCCAGGGAAAACAGGAGUUCAGAGAGAGGCUGGGGUUCGGUUCAAAGCAGAAUGGAUUUUAGUUGAAGAUGAGCAUCCAUCAACGCUGUCACCCAAAAAGAAGCAGCGCAACGGAGGCAUGCGAAAUUCACCCAACUGCUCACCCAAAGUGAUGAGACAUGACCCUUUACUCAUACCAGGAAACGAGCAGAUUGAGAAUAUGGACGUUAAUGUGAAGAGAUAUGACUCCACUGGAAUGUUUCACUGGUGUCCUUCCAAAGAGAUUGAGAAAGUCAUUCUGACACGGAGUGAGGCCUCCAUGACGGUUCUGAGUGGACAUGUUGUGGUCUGUAUAUUUGGAGACGUCACUUCUGCUUUAGUGGGUCUGCGAAACUUGGUAAUGCCUUUAAGAGCGAGUAACUUCCAUUAUCAUGAGCUGAAGCACAUAGUCUUUGUAGGCUCACUGGAUUAUCUAAGGAGGGAAUGGGAAACCCUUCACAACUUCCCCAAGGUCUCCAUCUUACCCGGCACGCCAUUAAGUCGAGCUGAUUUAAGGGCUGUAAACAUCAACCUCUGCGACAUGUGUGUUAUCCUGUCAGCCAAUCAGAACAAUAUCGACGAUGCUUCACUACAGGACAAGGAAUGCAUCUUGGCAUCACUCAACAUCAAAUCUAUGCAGUUUGAUGACAGCAUUGGGGUCCUGCAGGCUAAUUCCCAAGGUUUUACACCUCCGGGAAUGGACCGAUCAUCUCCGGAUAACAGUCCAGUGCAUGGAUUGGUUCGCCAAGCAUCCGUCACCACUGGCUCCAACAUCCCAAUCAUAACUGAACUAGCUAAGCCUGGCAAACUACUGCCUUUGGUUCCAUUCAGUCAGGAAAGAAACAGUGGAACCAACAUACAAAUGAUAACAGAACUGGUGAAUGAUUCAAAUGUUCAGUUUCUGGACCAAGAUGAUGAUGAUGACCCGGAUACAGAGCUGUAUCUGACCCAGCCCUUUGCCUGUGGGACGGCUUUUGCUGUCAGUGUGCUCGACUCACUUAUGAGCGCUACGUAUUUCAACGAUAAUAUCCUGACGCUGAUCCGGACGCUGGUGACAGGAGGGGCCACGCCAGAGCUGGAGGGGCUCUUGGCCGAGGAGAAUGCGCUGCGCGGAGGAUAUAGCACGCCCCAAACGCUAGCUAACAGGGACAGGUGUCGCGUGGCACAGCUCGCCCUCUACGAUGGCCCUUUCGCAGACUUGGGGGAUGGUGGUUGUUAUGGGGACUUGUUUUGUAAGGCACUGAAAACCUACAACAUGUUGUGCUUUGGAAUCUAUAGAUUAAGAGAUGCACACUUAAGUGCACCAAGUCAGUGCACAAAAAGGUAUGUCAUCACCAACCCGCCCUAUGAGUUUGAGCUCGUCCCCACAGACCUGAUCUUUUGCCUGAUGCAGUUUGACCACAACGCAGGUCAGUCGCGAACCAGCCUGUCCCACUCGUCUCAUUCCUCCCACUCCUCCAGCAAGAAGAGCUCCUCUGUUCACUCCAUCCCUGCAACCAACCGGCCCAACCGCAGCAGCAAGACCCGCGAAAGCCGUGACAAACACAAUGCAACAAGGAUGAAUAGAAUGAGCCAAGAAAAGAAAUGGUUUACAGAUGAACCAGAAAAUGCCUACCCAAGGAACAUUCAAAUCAAGCCCAUGAGCACUCACAUGGCCAAUCAAGUCAAUCAGUACAAAUCCACUAGCAGCCUGAUUCCACCAAUCAGAGAAGUUGAAGAUGAAUGCUAAAUUCCAGGCUUUUGACGAGCAUCCUGAUGUAAAAGACGAGCUGUGAUGAGGAAACGGUGAUAAAACGGCACGGCGCUUCACUGUCAUUUUACACCUUGAGGGAUUUUUCAUGGAAAUUAGAAGGGACCUCCAAUGUGUAUACCUUUAAUGUUACUUCCAUGCUUUUGGAAACAUUUAAUUUAUCAAUGUAUACAUAGUGAUGUACAUAAUGACAAUCAAAUAAGGAUUGUACAGCCCUCUAGCACUUUUUGAAAUUAUGUUAAACCAAGUUAAGAAGUACUUCCUGUAAUUCAUUGCAAUAUCUUGUGUCUGUAGUGACCUGACUCUGUGCAGAAGGCUUGGUGUUAUGGAGAAUGAGGGUCAGAGUCCCUCAGCUCAUUAACAUUAGCCAAAGAACCUCAUCUGAAGUGUCGCUUAAGCCCCACCACACACACACACACACACACACACACACACACACACACACACACACACAUACACCCACAUCUGCUUAUUUUUGCACUAAAUGUAAUAGUGAAAAGAUUUGAGACCGGGUUCUGAAAGGAGUGUAAAGGUUUUUGAAUUCACAGCGAAGAAACUUGCUGUCUGACUAUGUUGAGGCUCUGCUAGGAGAAGCAACUGUUAAGGGUGAUGAGUGUUACUUGAGGGGCCUCAGUCUGCUUUGUGUGAAGAAGCAUUCAUUUAAGAAAAUGUUGCACACAACCUGGACCCCCAGUGCGGGGAACUGAUUUAAUUUCUAUCAACAUAAACAGUGUAGGUCAUCAGUGUAGGUGUAUGGGAAUGUACUUAUAUUCAUGUAAUAAUGCAAGAUGUCAUCUCCAGAGUAGCCCUAGUAAAUUGGCAAUACAUUAUCAGGAUAUGCACUAUUUUAGUUGAUGUCUUUUCAUCAUGCUUGACUGCUGGUGUUGCUGUGUUUGUUAAAUUGUAUGAUCACAACGCGUUCGUUUGGAAGAGGCGCGAGAGUCGAAUCCUUGCGCGUGUAUGUGCUGGUUUCAAAUCUGCACUCACACGCUGAUAAUGUCACUGUGAUUGAGUUUUCAAAGCAUAAAUGCCAUUCUCUUCAAUUCUGAAUUAAAGAACAAAAGAAUGUGUAGUGUAACAUGCCACAUAUUGCAAAAAGUGGGCACUCAUCGUUCCUCCUUCUGAUUAGUGGCACUGCCUGACACAUCAUUGGCACAGAGGCAGAGAUGUGCUUGGGUGUUCUCUGUGACCAACACAAUGAUGCCUCAAUAUUACAAGACUCUACUGAUGUACACAAGCAAAACUCAGUCAUAGUUGUCAAUAUCACGGAAAGAGAAUGUGACAGUGUGUUGUGUCGUUCUGCUGUUACAUGAGACAGAAUGAACUUCACUACCCUUUACUUUACAUGGUGGUGUGGUGAGCCUGUGUGUGGAAAGUGUAAUAAUACAUAUGUUAAGCAGAACUUUGCUUGAAGUGUUCUGUCAGAUUUAUACAUACUGUACGUACAUAGUUAUUUUUUAUCCAUAUAAGCAUAAUCAUUUUGUACUUAUUUUUAUACAUCUCGAAGAACUUUAUUUCUAAAAUUAUCUUAAAUAGAUAUUAACAAGACUUCAGUAAACACCAGUUAAGUUUGUUGUCCAUAUUUACCUUUGGCAACAAAACAUGUCAUGCUUUUAAAAGGACAUGCCUGCUGUCCAUCUUGACUGCAGGAGACAGUCACAAAGUUCCAGCUUCAGCUCUCUGUUUGUGUUUCUGAGAGAGUACAGUACUUUAUUCCUACUGCUUUGAAAGACCUAGUUAUAUCAAUUACACUAUUCUAUUAUUAACUUCUAUUGGAUGAGAUAAACUACUGAUAAUUAGAUGUAAACUGUAGUAUAAUUCCAAGUUGAAAGUGAAAAUUAAUGGUAAAAAUGUGCAUGAGAAUGUGUCCUAGCCAAUGGCUUGCAUCUACUCUCGCUCUCUCAGGGUAGAAUCGAUCGUUAUCGCCGAUAUUGACCUAAAUUAGGUUUCAGGAAAACAGAGUAACAUGCUGAAAUAUUUUCAUGUGCAGAAACUGUAAUACAUUUAAAACUGUGUUUGAAAUUGCACAGCUGGAAGGUGUGCAGAUCACCUCAGACAGUAAGCUAAUCACCAUCUAAUGCUAGAUAGAAGAAAAAAAAAAACCAUAGCAAUGUUACUACUUAAAAAAAUAAAUAAAUAAGAUAAUGCUUAGUGUUAAAGUAUGUUGUGUAAAUUCUGCCCAUUUCUAGACCACAUUUUUUUUUUUUGAAGAACAAGGAUCUCAGCUUUAAUGUUUGUCCACUGGAUGUAGUUUGAUCCUAAUGCAGCCCACUAGGCUCUGUCCUCAAGUGAUUUCAAAUUGUGAAUACAUGGAUGUUACACUUUUUAGCAAGUAGGUUUCUUUAAAAAUAAAAAUAAAAAAAACUUUAUGUAAAAUUGGAUUAUUAAAUAACAAAUUCUAGUCGGGGGGGGGGGGGGGGGGGUA